UUUUCAAGGAAUAAAUGAGUAGUUUACAAUAAAAAGGCUCGAUCAGAGACGUCUAAAACGAUUUAAUUGACAAAAAAGUCUCUCGCAGCGACCGAUGUCAUUUUAAAUAAAAUGGGAAGUAUUACGCAUGAGCAAAUCCAGAUUUGAAGUAAGAGGGUCUAAGUUGAUAAAACAUAGAAAGGUUUCAAGAAUGGGAACAGAAGUAUCCAAAGAAGGAAGUGAUGACAUCGGGGUCGACCCCAAAAGUGAAUAUAUUGAUGAGGUCCUGCAACGGGAAGUCAGUGACAGCGAAGAUGAGACCGAUGGAUUCGAUGAAUUCGAUGAAUUCGAUGGAGAAUUAAGUGAUUUUGACAAGCUUGCACAAACCAUCGACCCGAAAGAAUAUCUCGAUCAGUAUCCAUUUGAAAAUCUCAUUUUCGAGGGAGGUGGAGCAAAAGGGAUUGCAUAUCCUGGUGCAUUGAAGGCAUUAGAGGAAGUUGGUAUUAUGAAAAAGAUAAAAAGAUUUGCCGGUACAAGUGUUGGCUCCAUAACGGCAACAAUGGCUGCACUUGGCUACGAUAGCACUGAAAUUAGAGAAGUCAUGUCGACGGAUUUUUCACAAUAUUAUGAUGCCAGGUUUGGAAAAUUCAGUAUCAUACCAAAUCUUCUCUGGUAUCUUGGUUGGCAACCACUUCAUACUUUAUAUGAAUACAUUGGGGAAAUAGUUGAAAAGAAACUUGGCGAGAAGGACGCUACAUUUGAUCAACUUUACAAGAAAUUAGGGAAGGAGCUGUGCAUCGUUGCUACAAAUCUUAAUGAUAUGGAAGAGACCUAUUUUCACCCUAAAACUACACCCAAAAUGCCUAUCAGAAAGGCGGUCCGUAUGUCUAUAAGCCUCCCAGGUAUAAUGCAGCCUAUUAAACAUACUGAUUUUGGAGUUGAAAGUAUGUAUGUAGAUGGCGGUGUACUAAUCAACUAUCCAAUAGAAUGUUACGAUGGGUGGUGGCUUUCAAUGAAAAAGGAGGAUUCGUUUUUUGAAAGAUUACAACCUUUGGAGAACCUCCCUUUUAUAAUGGAUAGACAAAACAGAUUUGGCACCGAUGAGGUUCAAUCGUUCAAAUCGCUUGGAUUCAUACUGUAUUCUGAUGAUGAGAUUCAGUCUUUCAAGUCAAUAUUUGAAGCAAGAAGGAAAACAAAAUUAGAGUUUCCAGACACGCCAUUGGGAGGGAAGGCGAGGCAGAAACUGAAAGACAAGAAGAAGUUACACGAAGAACACAAAUGCGUGAAAACUUCAGCCAGCAAGUUUUUAAAGAUACUGCAAAACCAUAAUCUGGACAAAGAUGAAUUUAUCAACAGAGAGGAACUAGAGAGCGCCAUAAAAAGCGAGGAGCUCACUGAUUAUGAUAAGAAACGUUUGUUUGGGAAGAAUGUUACUGUUGAAGAAGUGAUGGCAAAACUAGACAAAGAUGGAAAUGGAAAGAUCAGUUAUGAAGAGUUGGUUUCAUUCAUUGAAGAAACAGGGAUCUCCGUGGUUCAUAGAAGAUUAGGGUUCUGUAGACAACAAGUGGAUACACUUUUGUCUUUGCUACAAACCCUCUACAAUACGUUGUCUUUGAAUAUUGUACGGAUAUCAGUCAAAGCUUCGGAUGUUCCACGUACGGUUGGCCUGAACUCACAUUACAUUGGAACCCUUACAUUUGAUUAUACCAAAGAGGAUGCAGAUUUUGUCGGACAGGAAAGUUAUAAAACAACUAUGGCAUUUUUGAAGAAUUUCAUGGCAAAAAUAAUGAUGGAAAGGAAAGCCAAAGCAUGAAGAAUCAUUGGAUAAUUGAAAAAAAACGUUUAUAAAAAAAAUGUUGAUAAAGUGAUAAUUUGUCAUAAUUGUCGACCUCUAAAGUAUGCAUUUUGAUGCUAAUAAAAUGUAACACACAUUUGUUAUUCUUUGUAUUUUACUUUUUAAUUAUCAUACGGUAAAGUACGUAUGCUAUUAUUUCACUGAUCUUUAUUAAAAAUGCAUAACAAGGUUGUUCCGAAUUUAUACGGGGUCAAUAUAAAAACAAUACCCCGUUUUAUUCAUUUACCUUCUCUUAAAACAUUUCGGGUAUAUUGUUAACCUAGUCCGUCCGUCCAUUCACACAAUGUCUUCUCAAAAGCCCGUGUUAUAUUGUUA